AUGCGUGCAAAGCGUCCGCUCCGUACGUCGGGCCCGUGCUUCGAUCUGACCGGGCUCAUGGAUCACGCAGCCCCUGAGCUACAGGUUCAGCAGAAGAAUGAGCAGGAGCUCAACAAGUUCUUUAUCGAUGUGGAUGACAACACAGUUUCGCCAAUGAUCACAACAGAGCCGUGCUUUCACAAGGCGAGCGAUUCGAGCCUGUCGAACACUAACUCCGCGGUCAACUCGACGGCGCUGGAGGUGGCAGGCAAUGGUGGCAGCAAGUCUGUGGAAUGCAGGGCGAAAGGUGGUGGUGAAUCAGGUGCCGUCGCUGGUGCUUCCGGUUGUCUGUCGCCGGCGACGGUGUCGGCACAAAACGAGGCCAAAUUUAUUCACGUUAACAACACGAACAUCUUCGUACUGAUUGACGGCAUCUCGAUGUUUGUGGAGGGAAAGAGCACUUUUACUGGAACGGAAGAUGCACGGCUGCUGGUAGAGCGACUACGGCGAAAGAAACUUGCCCGUUCUGUGGACACAGUGGAGGAGGCCAUCUUGAACAUUGAAAUGUCGGCUGGCCACGGUGUCCGCGAUGGGACAGUUCCAGCGCCACGAACCGCCUCUUCUAGCCCCCCCGCUGUGGAAGCGCCUGCAUCGCUAAUGCCGUCUACCACGAGCUCUCCCUUACUUACAGCACCGUCGCCUCACAAGGCUGUCGCCCUAGCUUCCCUAUUUGUGCCGCAGCCCCCCGCGAAAUCGGUCCCCCUCGCGAAUCCCUGGGCGUCCCUGUUUGAAGACGCCAAGAUGCCAUCUGGCUCGCCGCUGUUUCGCAACUCUACCGCCAAGUCUCUCGCCAACAUCAGUAGCAGAAGCUGUUCUCCCGUGCAGGGCAUGCUGCUGUGUGAUAGCACCGCAACAGGUACCUCGUUGUCUUCUCCCAUGACAACAUUGUCCCCUGGAACGGCAGCCACCUCAACAUCAGCGCUCUCUCCCACCGCUGUCUUUAACGCCGCUGCUCGCCCUCCGUACUCCGUGAGCUUCCCCAGUCUGCGUCAUCAGGACAGCUCGUCAUCCCUCGUGUCAAUGGCUUCGGGUGCCGGCUAUCGAAACAGCGGGCACGCCAGUCGCAGCGCCGCAGUGCGGCGGACAAAGCAGAUAUCCGUGGAGGAAAUUGGCCACAGCAACUGCUCGCUUGAUAUGGAUGAUGUAGUGGUUGAGGAGAUGAUUGGCAAGGGCACCCAAGGCACGGUGUUCCGCGUCCGCGUGGAUGGCAAGUUGUACGCACUCAAGUGCAUGAACAUUGACGAGGCAAUGAAUGCGACAAACGACGUAGAGCGGCAGGGACGCAAGAAAGGACUCGUGAAGGAGUUGACCAUGAUCACACUGCAGCGAUCGCGUCCGCCGCCAGCGCACCUCAUGCAGAUGUUCAACGCUGUGGCCUCGCUGGAUGCAGAGAAGAAGCAGCUGAGCAUCCUGAUGGAACUCAUGUCCUUCACAGUGGAAGACAUUCAGCAGAUGAUCUCUCGCAUCCCUAGCGAGGAGUUGAUGCGGGUGACGCAGUCGACCUUUCGGAACUACAUGUCCGGCGACCCGUCAUCGAAGCAGACCAUGAAGGAAUGCUGCAAGAACCAGGCUCUCUACGGCUCUCCGCGGCAUGUGCUGGGUCGCAAUACGUAUAAAGAGCCCGCUGCAUGGGAGAGGAGCGUGAAACGGGAAACACCGAUGCCGGAGGUGUUUCUCUCAAUGCUGGCACGGGACGUGUUAAUGGGGCUAAAUGAGCUGCACACCGACUACUUCAUUAUUCACUGUGAUCUGAAGCCCGCCAACGUGCUCCUCUGCUAUGACAAGCAGAAGUUUAAGCUGGCCGACUUUGGAUGCGGCUGUGUGAUGGAAGACCGGCAGCACGUCGAGCGUCGAGGCAUCGACCUCGGCACAAUGCUGUACAAGGCACCAGAGCGAUUUGCGGCGAACAUUUUACACCGCGUCGCUGACGGCGGCGCCGGCGAGGCGGUGGUGGAAUUCACGGCCAAGGCGGACGUGUGGUCCUUGGGCAUUAUGUUAAUGGAGUUGGCGGCUGGCGUUCACCCCUGUGAUCACUUCAAGUCUGACUUCUGGAACUACGGAGGGAAGUUGAAGCUCUCCAAGAUGAACAAGCCGCUCAACUGGUCGGAGGUAUUCUACGACUUCAUUCUACGCAGCGUUUGUGUCGAGGAGUCGAUGCGGUGGUCUGUGCAGCAGCUGCUGAAACACCCGUUUGUCGUCAAGUUUAACCACGUGCCGCGAGAGAAGCUGAAGCAGUUUGUGCAGCGCCUGGAGGUCGACAGCAAGACUUUCCACAAGCGCCAGCAGAGCGAGCUGCUCAAGGAACAGAUCUUGCUUAGCACGACACGUCGGCACAAGGACACGUUCCAGUUGGAGAGCAAGAAGAUCUGGUCGACGUAUACCGCCUACUUGAAGCAUGCGCCCCCCACCAAGGACCAGACCAUAUUUCCAGAGCUGCGGUACACGUAA